GCUCCUUCAGUAUCAUAAGCGAGCGAUCAGCAGAGAGAGCAGGAAAGAUGGCGGCCGGUUCUGGGGCUGCAAGCGGCCAUGGAGCUCGUAGCUCCAAUCCUGCACUUGAGGCGUCUUUGGACCGGCGGUUUCAAGGAGUAUCCAACACUAUGGAGUCAAUACAGGGACUUUCAGCUUGGUGCAUUGAAAAUAAAAAGCACCACGGCCUUAUCGUUCGCUACUGGAUGAAGUGGCUCAAGAAAUCUGAUAACAAUCAUCGCUUGAAUCUCUUUUACCUGGCUAAUGAUGUGAUACAAAACUGCAAAAGAAAGAAUGCAAUUGUCUUUCGUUCGGCCUUCGCGGAUGUCCUACCAAAUGCUGCUCAGCUCAUCAAAGAUGGGAAGGUCCGCAAGUCGGUGGAAAGGAUUUUUUCAAUUUGGGAAGAGAGGAGCGUAUAUCCCGAUGAGGUCAUCUCCCAGUUCAAAGCCAGCUUGAAUAAAAAGGAAAAGGAGCGAGAGAAGCAGAAGGAAAAGGAAAAGGAAAAGGAAAAGGAGAAAGAAAAGGAGGCUCCGUUGGCAAAUGCCCUAACCAACACCAAAGCUUCCCUCAAGUCCAAGAUUGUAGCAGAGUUUACACCCCAGUCCCUCUUUGAGCAGUUGUCGAGAUAUAAGCGAGCAAUUGCAGAAGAGGAGUUCAGGGAGAAGCAGCUGGCAGCUCUCAGGGUGGACGUCUGUAGCACGGAGGCUCUUAAGAGACUUAAAGACAAGGCAGAAGGGAACAAGUUUGCUAAGGACUUUGAGGACAGCAGUCUGAAACUGCAGGAGUUUGUCAGCUUCCUGGACAAAGAGUUGAAAACAGGGCCUCCUCUGCUUGAAUCUUUGAGCAAUGCAGACAUUUUCUACGAGAUGCAGUACAAGGAGGUUAAGAUUGUGGCCAACGCAUAUAAUGCUUUUGCCAACCGUGUGGCCAGUCUUAAGAGGAAAUUGGAUUCCCUCAAGUCCACUCUACCUGGACCUGAGGACUCUCCCAUCCCCUCACCCUCUGAAGAUGCCCCCUCUCCCACGGGCUCUGACUCACCCUUCCUGGGACUGGGAGCUGGCCAAGCCCAGUUUGAUCCAGAGUUAGAUGGCAAGGCCAUGGAUGAAGGAGAAGUACCCAGUGACAACAGAGACAUGGAGGACAUGGAUAUGUCUGAUGAAGAGGCUGAUGCUGCUGCAGCAGGGGCAGAAGACAAGAAGGACAAGGCACCUGCUGUUGUUGUCAAGACUACAAAGUCAGAUGCAGCAUCAAAGCCUCCCACCACACCAACGAAAGCUUCCAAGACCAAUUCUACUGCUGCUGCCACAGCCACCCCAGUUACGCCCACCUCAGCUACUGCUCAAAGCAAACCAAAUGCCCCUCUGGGAGUCAGUUUGGAGAAGGUGGACCUGGGAAAGAUUAGCUCUAUUCUCAGCUCACUCACAUCUGCUAUGAAGAACACAGCAGCUAGCCCUUCUCGGCCAUCUCCAGGAACACCCACCACUCCUUCUGCCCAAUCAGCAGCUUCCAAAGCAACUCCUUCAAGCCCUGCCCUGGCCAGCAUCCUGUCACGUGUUGACAUCACACCUGAAGGCAUCCUAAAUGCGCUGUCCAAAGCAAACACACCAGGUUUGUCCUCUCUCCUACAAAGUGUGACAAACACCUCCUCUGCUCCUGCCACCCGAACUUCUCCAGAGUCAUCAGCAGUUAAAACCCUGCUCAGCCCAACAACCCCAAAAACAAAACCCACUUUUGGGAACAGCCUCAAACGAGACACACCUUUGAGAAACCGAGACUGGGAGAAAGAAAGACAGCUGUCCCCUCCACCACCGCCACCACCCCCUCCUCGUCCCUCAGCUCCCUCUGUUUCUCCCCCCAGCCUAGAAUCAAAAAUCAACAGUUUCCUGCAGGGUAAUCCAGGCUUUAGUCUCGCUCUAGGUGAUGUCAGCCCCGAUGGGGUGGAUGGGACCCCAGUGAGAGACGAGGCUGCUGGCACCCCCACCCAGGAUGAAAUCAUGGACACACCAGGGAGUGUGCCAGAAUCUCUAGGGUCAGCAGGAGGUCCUAACCUGUCACCCACAGCCUACCGCAGUGAACCCUGGGAUGCUGUGAUCACUCCAUCGGGAAGCAGCAGCAAUGGAGAGUUUGUGUGCUCUUCCUCCUCUUCCCGGUAUGGAGGUGGAACAAACCACGGCACAAAAUUAAAGGCCGAUGAAGUGAUAAAUGUGAGGAAGCAUAUCUCCUCUUCCCCCAGCACUGACAUGAAGGGUAAGAAAGAUGGACAGAGCCAGUUAAGGAUGAUGGGAAACAACAGAGGGAUUGGAGAAAGGAGACUCUCUGCAGGCUCUCGUAAGGCAAGCAGUAGCUCAGACAAUGGAGGCCUGACUGGGAAAGCAGAGGACAAGGGUCAAGAGUCUCCAGCUGCAGGUACCAAGGAGGGCCAGUACCAUCGUAUAGAGACACUAGUGUCGCCCUGCACUGAAGGAGCACCUAUCCAAACUCUAGGCUACUCUAACCGCCCACUCGCUGGAGAGCGCAUUAAGACAGUAGAGAGCAUCCGUGUGAUUGGCCGAGGCUCUCGGCGAGAGGGAGGACCUGGGGGUCGUCCAGGAGCAGCGAUGUGGUAUGAAGAGGAAGAAUACAUGGAAGCUCCGCCUCCCUCACCCCAUGCUGUCCCCCCUUCAAUUAACAGUGGCCCAGGGGGCACUGAGGACAUGACUCCCUCCAUGCCUCCUCCUCCCCCACAUCUCCUCCUCCCACAUCUCCACCCUCCUCCCACCCAUCCUCAUUCACAUCCUCCUCCCCAGGCUCAGUUCCAAAUGCCCUACCACACGGAGAACAUGCAGACUCCUCCUCCAUCACUUCUGCACCAGCAUCCUCCUCCUACAUCCCCUUUCUUCGGCGUGCCUCCACCAAUCCCUCGACCCCCUCCGCCUCCCAUGCCACAGCGCCUUUCUCCUCCAUCUACCCACCCCGCUGUACCCUCUGCAGUCAUGGUAGGAGGAGUUUUGGUCCCUGUUGACCGCCCCCUUUCUCUCCCUCCCCCAGUCAGACCUGAAGGUGCUGAUCGAAGUGGGGUGGGGCCCAGAGGAAGCAAAGUAGGCCCCCCACCCCUUAUGUCGUCGUUGCUAGGUGAGCCCCCUAAGCUUCCUCGUCCUGGCACAGUUAAAGAGCCUUUUGUGCCCCGUCAUGCGGCCCCUCUCCACCGGCCAGGUACCCCUGGCGUUCCUCUACCCUUACUAGGCAGAGUGAAGGAGCCCCUGAAUCUACCUCUCCCAUCCCCCUCUCCUUCUCCCACAUCCUCCACAACCUCCCCCUCAACACCUAAUUCCCCUGUAGUUGACUCUGUCCCCUCUCGCCUCACCCCUCAGUCUGCUGCCCCCCCUCUCCUCCAGCCCCCUGCUAGUCCUCCAUCUCAGCCCCGCAACCAAACCUCCAACCCCGUUCCUCUCCUCAAUUUGCCCAGCCCUCGACCACCGAUCCUCUCACUUCCCAUCCCGCAGAGACCCCUGCUGCGAGGCCGAACCCCCUCACAACAGCUUAACCGCGAUCUUCCCAUGGGGGGGUUUCGCGGGGGCAAACGGCCUGGUCCUCCAUUUACAGGUGGUCCCUUCCAUUCACAGAAGAGACCCUUUCUGCCCCCACGCUACUGAAGUGGUCAUCUAUGACAUGCUGAACGAGAAGUGCAAGCGCCCUGCGCUGAAGCGUCGAGUGUGUGUUAGCCCUGCUGGUAUGAGCCCAGAUAUCUUUACUCUGUUAAUUAGCUUGAAUUAAAACUGCUCUAGGUUGUGUGUAAAUAGCUGAUUAAAUCUUCAUGCUUCAGCUAGGCAGCCUGCCAAUCAUCUUACACUGUACAGUACAGCUAUGAGGUUAUCGGUUACAUAGUGCAAAAUGUUGUGUAACAAGCCUCGAUUUAUCACAUUUUUCAGUCUCUCUCUCUCUCUCUCUGUGCACAGUAGAUAAAAGUUUCUUUAGGUGUGGUGCAAGAGUGACAUAAACUUAGGAAGAAAACACAGAUGGUCCAAGCAGAAAUGAAACUUCACCUUAUUUAAAGCUGGCCUACCUGUGUGAUAGUUGAGUUAGUUUACCUGAGAUACAGCAGGAGAAUGAAAGAGACAGGAGUGGGUCUCAUAAGAUAGAAGAGGAAAGAAGCUGAAAGCAGUAGUCUGACAUUUUGGGAAAUAAGCUUAUUUGCUUUAUUACCAAGAGUUGGAUGAGAAGAUCAAUACUGGUUUUGUAUCGCCACCAAAUUCAAAGCUACAGCUGGCAGGCUGUUAGCUUAGAAUUAAGACUGGAAAUGGGGGAACAGCUAGCUCUGAUCUGUCUGAUGUUGGUUAGAAAAAACACCUCAAGCUCAGAAACCAAUAUGUUGUUGUGUGUUGCUUGUUUCAUCCAUACAAAAACUGUUAGAAAUGACAAGUUGUAGUCAUUCUGUACCAUUAUGUUUUAUUGCUGGGGUUCAUUGAGUCUCUGUUGGUUUCCUGGUAACCAGUAGUCAAUAUUCAAGAACAAGACUGCAGGACGUCACAGCUCUCAGCCCCAAAAUGCAGGUUAAUUUCGUCAACUUUAGACAGAUCCAACCUAACUGUCUGUUCCCAUUUCCAGUCUUUGUGAUAAGCUAACAGUUUCCUGGCCCCAGCUUCACAAUUAAAAGGCACAUAUGUCUAACAUAAAGCAAGAAAGCCAAUAACCGUAGUUCCCCAGAUGCCAAACUAUUCCUUAAAAACGUUUGAUUGUAGUUUCCAAAGUAAUCUCUUCUUCCAUGAGUGUAUGGGUGUGUGCUGUGUGUCCUUAAAUGGUUUUUCCUCAUUUGAAGUGAUGAGAUUUAUGUUGCAGCUGAGGUUAACACUUUUUGCUAUUUCCAGAGUACCUGCUGUAAAUAAUAUUCUUCUCUUGCUGAAUCUUUUUCACACAUUAAUCUCUCCCACUGUGUAUCUCUAAGCUUGUAAAUAUAAAAACUGAGAUGAUACAGCUUAUUUUUUCCCCCUCUUCAAGCUCUUGUUUCUGUUAAUGAGGACAAUGAUCUUCACUCACGCACCCUGUCUUUACUGUGAUUGAGGCCUUGGAUAAGCUUUAGCUCCAGAUGAAUUUCUCUAUGGUAUAUGUCGCACCUUUCUGUCCUCCUUUUGAAACCACCACACAGAAGAGGAGGGUGAAGAUAAUUCUGUGUUUUUUUUUUUAUUUCCAACAUAAAUGUUUAUCUGUGCGCGCUUCAAGUUAGAUUGAGCCAUGACGAUGGGGGUUGGGGGGUAAUUUCAUCUUGAACCACUCUCUUGCUAGGCUUCAACAUGUACUGACUUGAAUAAAAUCCAGAGUUUCAAUUCAACUGGGGGGGGAGGUAUUUUAUUUGGUCACUAUUUAUCAUGUGAAUUGCGCUGUUGUAAUUUAUUUGCGCUAUUCUGCCUGUCUUCAGAGAAAUUGUUUUCAUAUAUUUACACAGCUGCUGCCAGUUUUAUAUUGCAUUAGCAUUUAGCGCCUUUAUUUUUGCGUUGUAUUUUUCUACAAGACAGUUUGCAAUUGUCCAUUUGCAGCAGCACCCACAGAUGGUAUCGGGAUGGGGUGGGGGGGAUGAAAACAUUUGAGCUAAUUAAGAUUGUUUUGAAAAUGGUUUAUUUAAAUACUACAGUUGUUUAAAGCCCUUUCCUCUGUUUUGUUUCUUUGCUGAUUUCAUACUUUUGCCCUCAAGAUCCUGUGCUUACCUUGUGCUCACAUGGUUUUGUCCAGAAUCACUCCUACACUUCUCAACACUUCUGGGGGUAAAAAUGCUAAUAAUCCUUCCACUUGUACAGCAACUAUUACCAUAAUGCUUCCCUCGGUUAUACACUGAUGUAGUUUACCCCAGCCGGUGAGAGGUGCAUGUUGGGUGUUGCUGCUCAAAGCCUCCUGUGUUUGUCUGACCACGGAGUGUGUGUGUCUGUGUGUGUGUUGUCUCGUCUCCUGUGUUCAUUAUCAAGCAGAGUUGAAAGUUCGGUUCGUCUUGAUAACAUUGAGCUGCUGCAGAAGUUCCCGUAUAACAUUGUUGAAUACAUUGUAAAAAUGUAACAACAAAAAGCAUAUUUGUCACUACAGUGUUCGCACCUCGUCAGAGUUCUGAUGUUUUACUGAAUGUUACAAGUCUGUUACCACCAUUUGUAAACUGUGUAUUUAUCUCAGAGUUUCUCUGCAAAAACAGCUAAGUAUCAACCCAAAUCAUUUUAUGUGUUCGCAUUGCAUCAAGAGGAAGUUAGACUCACUGUUAAAACAUCUUCCUUCUUCGUAAGCACCUACCAUGUCGACUACUUAAAAUAGCCCCUGUAAAUAUCCUCUGUUUUCUCUUCACCGCUGCUUUGACAGUACCAGUUGGAAAUUACUGUUGGUCUGUGUACAUUUGACAAGUUUAACUGCUCUUACAGAUGUUCUCAUCAAUGAUGCUAUAUCACUGGUG